AUGAAGGAGAGUGAUACCAGGACCGCAACACUUGCAGACAGUCGCGUCAUCAAGUAUGCCGUAUUCGGCCGCGACGCCCCAGACGUGCCGACGAUAUUCUUCCUCCACGGCUUCCCAGGCUCCCACCCGGAAGGCGAGCUCCUGGCGUCCGCAGCGCUAAAGCACACCGCGCGGAUCGUCAGCGUCUCGCGCCCCGGGUUCGGCGGGUCGACAUGCCUCCCCUCGCGCGCGAUCCUCGACUGGCCCGCCGACCUCACCGCAGUGGCCGACGCGCUGUCCGGCAGCCCGCACAGCCGCUUCGCCGUCGUCGCCUUCUCCGCCGGCGCGCCCUACGCCCUGGCCUGUCUGCGCGCGAUCCCGCCCGCCCGCCUGGCCGGUGCCGUCCUCGUCUCGGGCCUGUACCCCGGCACCGCGGGCCUGCCGCUGGGGACGCGGGCGCUGUUUGCGCUCGGCAGCGUCGCGCCGUCGCUCGCGGCCGUCGGCAUCGAGCAGACGCUUGGCCGCGUCGCGCGCGACCCGCCAAGACUGGAGCGUUCCCUGGUCCGCGACUUUAGAGGCCGGGGCGCCGCCGAGGCCGCCGUGGUUGAACAUCCCGAGGCGAGGGGCGUCCUGGCCCGGAGCACGCAGCUCGCGGUGGUGGAUGGCGGGGCGGGUACCGCGUGUGAGGCUGGGCUGCUUUGGAGGGACUGGGGAUUCAAGCUCGACGAGCUCUCUGUCGGACAGCGACGGUUGCUGAUGUGGCAUGGCAAAGAGGAUACGAACGUGCCGGUAGACAUGGCGGAAAAGACAGCGGCCGUAUUGGCUGGCUCGGAGCUGCGUGUGUUUCCCGAUCUGGCUCAUGUGAGCCUUUUGGUAGCCAGGGCAGAAGAGAUUGUUGUUUCCGCGAUCGAGAUGCUACAAUAG